UGUUUACGAUCAGCCAAUUAGAUGAGCUUGCUAGGAAAACUCUACGUUGUACUUGAAUUAGCUGUGCAGUCCAUGCUAAACACACGAAGCUCUUCGUUCAGAUGAGGUUUAACUUUACAGGUUGCAAUAUUAGCGCAAAGAUUGGUUUCCAGACAGAACUAUGCCUGAAGACAGCACAGAAACACCGAGUAUAGUUACGUGCACCGCUCCUGUGAAUAUAGCUGUCAUCAAAUACUGGGGGAAGAGGAAUGAAGAUUUAAUUUUACCCAUUAAUUCAUCUUUGAGCGUCACUUUGCAUCAAGACCAGUUGAAAACGACAACAACAGUUGCAAUCAGCAGAUCAUUUCAGGAGGACAGAUUGUGGCUCAAUGGCAAAGAAGAGGACAUUAGACAUCCAAGACUGCAGUCCUGUCUGAGAGAAAUAAGACGAUUAGCGAGGAAGAGACGUAGUGAUGGAGACCCUCGUUCGACCGAGUCAGUGGGAUUGUCUCAUAAAGUCCACAUUUGCUCUGUCAACAACUUUCCCACUGCUGCUGGGCUUGCCUCUUCAGCAGCUGGAUUUGCUUGUCUCGUUUAUACUCUAGCUCAGGCAUUUGGUGUGGAGGGAGAGUUGUCUGGGAUUGCUCGUCAGGGCUCAGGCAGUGCCUGCAGAAGCAUGUAUGGGGGGUUUGUCCAGUGGAUCAUGGGACACAAAGAGGAUGGGAAGGACAGUGUAGCCCAGCAGGUGGAGCCAGAGGGUCACUGGCCGGAGCUCAGGAUUCUUGUUCUGGUGGCCAGUGCUGAGCGGAAGCCAAUAGGGAGUACCUCUGGGAUGCAAACCAGUGUACAAACAAGUUUACUGUUGAAGCACCGAGCGGAGGCAGUCGUCCCACGUCGGAUGGUAGACAUGAUCGAGGCAGUGCAAAGAAAAGAUUUUCCUGCAUUUGCAGAGUUAACCAUGAAGGACAGCAACCAGUUUCAUGCCACCUGUCUUGACACACACCCACCUAUUUUCUACCUUAACAGUGUCUCCCAGCAGAUCAUCCACUUGGUGCAUCGGUAUAACAAAUACUACGGGGAGACAAGGGUGGCCUACAGUUUUGAUGCAGGUCCCAAUGCUGUGAUCUUCACUAUGCAGCAGUUUGUUCCAGAGUUCGUCCAGUUGGUUCGGCACUUCUUUCCCCCCAACAGAAACGGAGAAGAUUUUAUUAAAGGUCUUCUAGUCAAGUGUGCUGACAUUCCCGUGGAGCUGAAACAGAGCAUUGGCCUGGAGCCCGUUCCAAAGGGAAUAAACUACAUUAUUAGCACAAAGGCUGGACCAGGCCCUCGUGUUGUCGAGGAUCCUUCUCAGCACCUCCUUUCAGUAGAAGGUUUACCAAAGAAAAUGGUCUGAGGAGCCUCUCAAGAACCUAGCUCUACUCAGCUGCAAUGAGUAUUAUUCGCCAGAUCUGAAACUUACAAGAUGAAUGUUAUUUUUAAUUAGUUUUGUAAAAACAAAAUCUGUUUUUAUAAGAUUUUACCACACAAUAAGUCACUUUAGCUGACAGUCCUUGCAAAAUGUCUCAUCAACAUGACACUUAUUACUAAAAAAUGUUCUUGUGUGGCUCACUGGCUUACAUUUAUUGUAUCUAUUGGUAGCUGGACAGACACAUUGUGAAUAAAUGGGUAUUCUGAUACCAAGUUCAUACUUUGUUUUAUUUUAAUGUGUAAAUGUAGCCAUGUUUUAACUCUUCUGGCUUCCUGGACGUUUUGUGCAUUUUUUAUGCUUUAUUAUGAACAGCUUUAUGUUCAUGCAAUAGUCAAAACUUGGCCAAGUCAAGUUCUGUAUUUUGAGGUAAAUUCAUUUUUUGUCCUUCAAGUCAUUUAUAUGCCACUGGUUUCAAUUGAAUUUUGAUGUUUUCUCCAUGUUUUUUCCAUUCCCAAGUGUUGAAAUUCCUUUAAAGUUUAGUUUUAUUGUCUGCAAGUGGAAGAGAUUUUUGUUUUCAUUUACCGCAUAUCUAGCUAUUUUAAAAGAGAAACUUUAAUGGGUAAAACUGCCCCUUAAGGGUUUAAAAUUUCACAGUAUUCAUGAAUAUUUGUUAUGUAUAGUGAGGACUGAAGGUAAUACUUGGAUUCAUAAAGGCAACAAAAAUUAUGUUAAUGUAUAAUAUCUCUUUGGAAAUCUUUAAAACGGUAUGUUUUUCUCUCCAAGGAUGACAGGUGGAGCACUAAAUAAAUAAAGGUGCUGCAAUAAUGUCCAGUUGUAGUUUUUCUUACUAUGAUAAAUAAUCAGAGCCACAGUAGCCAUUUUAACUCUAUCAGAUUUAUUGAUUUAAAUUGAAUAAAAUGUAUUUUUUCACAAUA